CGUGUGCACGCAGUACCAGCUGCAGCUGGUAAACACUGAACUGCACCUCGUGGCGGAGAGGAUCCGGGAGCUGGUGGCGGAGGAGUUGAGUCCCAGGCUCCGGCAGGGGUUCAGGAGCGCUGUGGUCAGCCGUCAUGGCGGGGGAAGCCGCCAUGCUGAUCAGAGGCCUGGCUAAGCUCAGUAAGGCGGUGUUGGAGGUGCAGACGGGGCAGCUGAGGAAAGCCGCUCUGGGUAAAGAUGCUCUGAAUGUAGCGCGGAGCUGGCAAGUGGCCGCAGAGGAGCGGUUCAGCGCCGCUAUGGGAAGAGUGCAGGAAAUCGGCAAGCAGCAGGAGAACCUCGCCGGGGAGGAAAUGGAUGACUUUUCAGGACCGGCCUCUGAGAUCGCUGGCAUGGAGUAUUCCCCUUCCUUCAGCUACACUCCUGGUAUCGACCAGGCAGAGGAGACGCACAGUAUUCCCAGUAGCCGGGGCCAAGAAGCCUAUUCCUUCCAUCCAGACCCUGAAAGAGACAAUGGGGCGUUAUUUGGCAGCGGCAGAGACACUAUGGGACCUUUUGCGGCCGCUGGUCAGAAAAGGGCCUUUCACCAGGACGGCUCGUCCGUCAGUGGGCUGACGGCGGAGGACAUUGAUAAAGCUAGAGAGGCCAAGGCCACCCCGGAGCACAAGCCUUAUAAACAAAUGCUCAGCGAGCGGGCACGUGAAAGGAAAGUGCCAGUGACGCGGAUUGGAAGGUUGGCUAACUUCGGAGGUUUGGCUGUUGGUCUGGGCAUCGGGGCUCUCGCUGAAGUGGCGAAGAAAAGCUUAAGUCCAAAAUCUGAAGUUGACCAUGGUAAAAAGUCUGUGAUGGACUCCAGCCCUUUCCUGUCGGAAGCCAACGCCGAGAGAAUCGUGAGGACCCUGUGCAAGGUCCGGGGGGCUGCCUUGAAGCUGGGCCAGAUGCUGAGUAUCCAGGACGAUGCCUUCAUUAACCCACAGCUGCAGAAGAUCUUUGAGCGGGUGCGCCAGAGUGCGGAUUUCAUGCCCAUCAAGCAGAUGAUGAAAACAUUGAACGCAGAUCUGGGACCCAACUGGAGGGACAAGCUGGACUUCUUCGAAGAACGGCCCUUCGCUGCCGCGUCUAUCGGCCAAGUGCACUUGGCACGCUUGAAGGAUGGGAGGGAGGUCGCCAUGAAAAUCCAGUAUCCCGGCGUCGCUCACAGCAUCAACAGUGACGUGAAUAAUCUGAUGACAGUUCUCAAUAUGAGCAAUGCCCUCCCCGAAGGUCUGUUCCCAGAGCAUCUGAUAGAGGUCCUGAGCCGGGAGCUGGCUCUGGAGUGCGAUUAUAAGCGGGAGGCGGCGUGUGCAAAAAGGUUCAAGGAGCUGCUGAAGGACCACCCGUUUUUCUACGUACCGGCUGUUGUGGAUGAACUGUGCAGUGGGCACGUUCUCACUACUGAGCUGGUGUCCGGUUUCCCACUCGACCAGGCGGAAGAUCUCAGCCAAGAGACUCGCAACGAGAUCUGCCAGUACAUCCUGUUCCUGUGCCUGCGGGAGCUCUUCGAGUUCCGAUUCAUGCAGACUGAUCCCAACUGGUCAAAUUUCUUCUACGAUCCAGAGCUGAAGAAGGUGGCGCUGCUGGACUUCGGGGCAACAAGGGGCUUUGAUGAGAAAUUCACAGACCUGUACAUUGAGGUGAUCAGGGCGGCGGUCGACAAGGACCGCGAGAGGCUCCUAAAGAAGUCUAUUGAGAUGAAAUUCCUGUCUGGUUAUGAGACUGAGGCCAUGGUAAACGCCCAUUUGGAAGCCGUACUGAUCCUGGGUGAGGCCUUCGCUUCAGACACCCCAUUUGACUUUGGAAGUCAGGACACCACGGAAAGGAUCCACCGCCUGAUCCCCAUCAUGUUAAAGCACAGGCUGAUCCCGCCACCAGAAGAAACCUAUUCUCUUCACCGGAAGAUGGGCGGCUCAUUCCUCAUCUGCUCCAAGCUGAAAUCCCGCAUCGCCUGCAAGAGCAUGUUCGAGGAGAUGUACAGGCGUUACUGGGAGGAAAAGGAACAUGGGAAACCAUAGAGCGUCGCGGCUUUUCUAUCGCGCUGGCUACUGUUCCUUGUCUCGCUGAAAUCUCAUAACACAUCCUAAAAUGUUGGUGUCCCACCAGCCCGAGAUCUACAGUGGGCUGACAAUGACUUAUCUGAUCACCUAACCCUAGAGAUGUUCUCCUUGGUCAAGAAACGGAAUCCAUUUAAAAAAAAAAGACUGAUAAAGGAUUUGAGGUGGUUGUAGGAUAAAGUCAGAAGAAUGACUCAUGAUCGGUAUUAAAGGUUAGAAAUGGGUCUCCAGCUCCGAAGGAGUAAAGGAGAACCACGGAAUUUUGGAUUUUUUUUUUAUUUUUAAAUUGUAGGCUAGAAGCUCCUUGUAAUCUCUGCUUCUAAAUUUUUGUUUUCCUGAUAUUAAGUAAAAUUAAAUGCUUUUUGUACUGUCUAA